UGUGAAUAGGUCCUAUCGGUGGCCGCUGGGCGGCGGUGUGGCUUCCCCGGGAGGCGGGUAGACAAGGGACGGUCAUGGCCGCCGAGCCAGCAAGGCAGUGGACCGAAGAGCAGUUGAGGAGCGACGAUGUGGCUAAAAAGGAGAUUAUCCAGUUCAUGCAGCAGAGCGCCUCGGAGCUGUUUCUUGGUGAACAUAAGUUAAUGGGAAACAUCAAGAAUGUUGCCAAGACUGCAAAGAAAGAUCAACUAAUAGUUGCCUACAACCAACUUUUUGAAACUAAGAGGUUUAAAGGCACUGAAUGUGUGGAGAAAGUCACUCAGCAACUUAAAGAUGUGAAGUUAGGGUCUGCUCAAGAUAAAACAAAGUCCAAGAAACCUGAAAUGACUGUAAAUGAGGAACCACCAAAAUAUACCAAAUCCGUGUUGCAAAAAGGAGACAAAACCAACUUUCCCAAGAAGGGUGACACUGUGCACUGUUGGUAUACAGGAACAUUAGAAGAUGGAACUGUGUUUGACACAAAUGUUGCUUCUAGUUCAAAAAAGAAAAAGGCAACAAAGCCUCUGAGCUUUAAAGUAGGAAUUGGAAAAGUUAUCCGAGGGUGGGAUGAAGCGCUUCUGACUAUGAGCAAAGGAGAAAAGGCUCGGCUACAGAUUGAAUCUGAUUGGGGAUAUGGUAAGAAAGGGAAGCCAGAAGCCAAGAUUCCACCAAAUGCUAAACUAAUUUUUGAAGUUGAGCUUGUGGAUAUUGAGUAAUUAAAUGCAAUAUCUUCACGCUUCAAAAUGCUGCCUUUGAAUUGUCCAUUAUUGUUCAGAAAGAUCUUUCAGUAAAACAAUCUUGUUAAUUAUAAAAAUAUUCAACUUAUGAACGCAAUUGUGCAUUUGUAUAAAACACUGAAUUUCAAGUGCUGAACAUGAUUACAUACGAUGCUGGAGAGUAAAAUACAGCCGAUAAUUUUCUUUGCUGAUUACUUUAAUUCUUGCACUUCAGAACACGGUGAUGCUUGUGACAACACGAAAAUUGUUCACAUUCUAAACAAAAUAAAUACGUUCUGGAGCCACUGCAGAUA